AUAUACCUCUAUGUUUUAAAAGUUUUCUGACAUAACAUUUGCUAUCUUGUAUAAAGGUAAUACAAUUUUCAGAUGAUAAAGUGUAUUCUAUGGUAUGUUGUUGAAGAGUGCGUGUUAUGUACAUAUACUGUUUAAUGAAAUUACAUAGACUUUGCAGGAUAGUUUAUUUGUAAAUGUCAAGUUUGAGAUUACUUUUGCAAACUUGUUUCUAAUAGAUGAACUGACACAGAAGGCUCUGCUUACAGUAAUGUAAAUGCGACUACAAUAAUAUUUCUAUUUCAUUCAGAAUCAAAGAUGACAACAAAUAUCCCAAAUGAAACACCAACAUUACCAGAAGCUGACUUUCCUGGAGAGAAACCCAAACCACCUGAGGUUAUAAGAAGUGGCAUCGAUCAGCUCAUCUUGCCAAUAUCUAUUGUUGGUGUUUUUCUUGUGAAUGUUAUUGCUGCAAUUAUUGUAUUAAUCUGUAGACGUAAACGGCGUUCAGAUCGAGCACGAAACCUCGAUGAAGCAAAGAAAAGGAAACUAGCAGAAGAGCAGAAACAGAAACACCGGUUUAAAAUUCCACGCCCUAAUGUCCACCCUCCAGAAUACUCAAACAUCAUUGACAAUUCUAGCAGUGAUAGCUCGACAUAUUACAACUUCUUAAAUACGGGCUUCUCUACUUUUCACGAGGAAAAUGACACGUACGAGGAAAUAGACAAAAAAGUAUUAAAAGGAAGCUUGUAACAAAUAAAAGUGCAUGUCCUGAAUUUGUUUACUGCGAUACUACCAAUUCAGUAUUAAAUAAAAGUACACAAGAAUGUUGUUCAAAGGGUCGUGUGUAACAAGGUGACGAUAAUAAUUCAAACUUCAAAGACAACAUAAAGUGAGGAAUAUAAUUUAAACUUAGAGCAAAAGACACAUAGAAGUGUGAAAUUGGAUGUAAAUAUGGUCUUUGAUUGAUGGGCGCGUGAAUAUAUGGGAUAAUUAUGUAAAUAUAUAUUAUAUUAAGUGAAUGUAUACAUUUAGCUGUUUGAGGCGGAAAGUUUAAAGGAAAAAUGAAAAUUCCGAAACUAUGGUCAUCCACAAAAAAUAAAAGGUAUAUAACCUAUGAAUGUUGUAAAUGUUUUUAAAUGCAGAAAACAAAAUAUAGCUUAUAAUAUGCAAAUGAUAAUGAACUGUCUUUAACUGUCUACAUUUGUUGUGUUCUACGUAAAGUGAUCAACUACCCAAAAAAUUAUUGUGUUCUACGUAAAGUGACCAACUACACAAAAAGGAGGAAAGGAUAGUUCCAUCUGUUUUUUCAUGGAUUGUCAUUUGAAAGCCAGUGUAUUUCCUAUGUCUGAGCUGAUUAACUAACGAGAAUAUGUAUAGUUGAAUGUAAUAGUAUGUUUAUCGUAUGCUGUGUUUUUUUUGCGGAGCAUGUCAUUAAAUAUGUGAAUUUUG